AUGGCGUGGCAGAUGCCUCUACAGCAGAACGUUUUUUACUGCGGCAUCUUCGUCUGCCAGUACAUUCAUGCGCUUGUGGAGGCGUGCUUCGAAGGUGCUGAGAAUGGGGUGCGGUUCAGCAUGAGCCCAUUGGCGUACCGUCGUGGGUUACGGGAUGAUGUGUGCGCUCUUGCAGAGGGUCGGCUGAUCGGCGAGCUCACGGCAGUAGGGCAUGAGAUCCCUUGUGGCAAUGAGAUAAGGAAACCACCUGAGGUCGAUGUGAUUGGUGAUGAGGUGGAGGAUAGGGAGUGGAGAGCAGAGAUGGCAGAACGGAUGCAUCGGCUGGAGGUUCGCAACAAGAGUCAGGCGGUGGCUAUUGCCAAGCUUGAGAGGCAAUUACGGGAGCUUAUGCUAGAUCGUCCUCCGCAUCAUGGUGUUGACUCUGCCGCUGUAGGGGAAGGGCAUGGUGAUGUGGCACCGGACGGUGGACCUGGUGCUCCGGCACCCGUGGUAGUCAUGGGUGGGGACAAUGGUGGCAAACAUGACAGCAUAGGAGGUGCACAUGGUGAGGGUCCUGUGGCUGACGUUGAGACGGAUGCAGUGAAUGUCAGUGUGCGUGAAGGUGGUGUGGAGGGGGAUACACCUGUCGGUGCGAGGAGUGACAAUGGAAAAGCGAGGGUGCAUGAUGCAGGUGCUGGAGGCAUGAUGGGUACUACGGAUGGAAACAGAGGUGCUGGAGAGGCCAUGGGUGCUGGGCAUGGUGUGACAGCAUCGAAUGUGAAUGUGGUGCCUGCACACAGCGCAGGGACUGAGACGACGAGUCGCAACACGACGCGUGGUCGAGCUCUUAGCUCAGGUUACACAGGUAUAAGCAAACAGGAAGGUAAGUGGGCCGCACGACUGUGCAUUGAUAGCGCUAAUAACAAGUUCCUUGCGCUGGGACGGUACACCGAGAUCUUGGAUGCCGCAACAGCCUAUGCAGCAGCCGCUCACAUCUGCCGACCGUCCAUCUCCAGUUCUAAAAUGGUGGAGUUGAGCGAGGAGGAUAGGAGGUGCUUGGAGGGUCUGAGUUCGAUUGGGUUGAGAGGAUUGUGGAAGCCAAGCGGUGGGCGGAGUGGAGGAACUGGCGUGUAG